AGCGGAGUGGUCUCACAUCGCAGUUCUGUUCGUUGUUUACGGACAGGUGUCAGCUAGGUAACCAUAAAACACCCUUGUAGACGUUGUGAGGCAGGCGAUAUUGUGGACCGUUCAAUGCCAUGAUCAUUGGAACUGCAAUGUGAGACAAUGUACACAAGGCUGUAGGGAGAGGAAAACAGCAAGGCGGCCGUGACACCGUUUCGGACCCACGUCAGCCAUGUCCACCAUCAUUCAGUGGCGCUGUUUCGCGCCAACAGAGGACGACGACAAGCGGCUAAAGUACGCUCGCUACGUGCUGAUCUCGGCCGUGCUUGUCUUGUUUGUCGGCUUGGUGCUGUGUGUCGCCCUCCCCUCCCUCUGGGGACUGUCCCUGGUCCUACUGGCCCUGCUGGUCAUGUUUGCUGUAGCCAUGCUCAACUGUUAUGUGACCCUGCAGAGGAGACAAGAGAGACUUCGGAGAUCUGAGGCGGCAGCAAUGCAUAACUUGUAUGCCGAGAGCGCUACUCCCACCAACACUGGCACGGGCCGGGCCACGGGUACGGGUAACAGUGCAGGAGACGAUACGUUACAGGUUGAUCUGCCCACCUACCACGAAGCCCGGUUUCAGACGUACCCAGCCGUACCGCCGCCUGACGCCCCGCCGGUCCGCCCUGAUGCAGCCGGCAAGCCCGAGCCGCCGCCUCCGUCUUACGAGGAUGCUGUAUCCUCAUAGAGAUAAAACACGUCGGGUACAAUCAUCUACUC